AUGCGCUUGCCCGGGAUGGGGUUGGGCCUGGUUCUUGGCCUUCUUUGCCUGCUAGGGGUUCAGGCUCAGGCUGAAUACACGGUGUUGAUGGUGGAAAAGGCACCGCAACCGAUCAUCUCUUUUCUGCACAAGACGAGUGACUACCACCAGGUCUUCAACCCCUCUUGGCUGCCCGCUUCUGCGGGCACCGAUGGCCGAGAAGGUCUCUUCAUCCGCACCCAAGACUGCAAUGCCACCGUUGGCACCUGCAGUGGCUGCAACGGCAACGGAUCUAAAGCCAGUAUCUUGACCUUUUCCGAGCGCUUUCCCAAUGAACGUACCAUGCUGGCUAGUUACAGCUACUCACAGCUCAUCAAUGGGGCCCAUUAUAUAGUCUACCAGCCGGCGUACGUGAUCCUGAACGGUAGCAACCCCACACAGAUUUUGCAACGACCGGACCAGCCCCUGACCAGCCCCACCACCCCGUGGGAACAGGGGCAGCCACCAGAGUUGUGCAACGUAGCCAUGGUCACGUUUCUUGAGGGUGCCCGCGCGCUGGGUAACGACGUUUUUGAGGUCUUUUAUGGUGGCUCUGAUGCCGUUGUGGGUCGUGCCGUGGUCGCCGUGACCCUUCCACCCGCGUCUGAAUAA